CUCACACCAGCAGCACACACACACGGAUGAAAGUGAGACUCCCAGCAGUAUUAUCAGCAGUUUCACCACCGACACUCAGUGAGAAGGAGACAGACAAGUGGAGAGCAGCUUUCGGUGACGGGGGAACAGUCUAUCUCUUGUAUAAUUACGGAAACAUUUUGAAGUGCCUCGAUACAACACCGCGGGCUUACAGCUUUCUGUUUGCAGCUCUGGAUAGACAAGGAUAGACUGUCGGACGAAGUUUUUAUCCGUCUUUUUUCUGACUAUUUCUACAUUAAACUGGCUGUCAGACCCUCCGGUGUCGCAUGAAGUUGAAAAUGCGUCGUGUUUGAACUUCACCUCCAAACGACGUUUUGAUGUCCACAUAAGUCACCUCUGUGCUUCUACAGUUGGCAUCAGCUGCAAGUCACGCUCUGGCCUAACUAGUUGUAAGUGGACGUGAUCAUCAGCAAUUAGGUUUCAUCAUCCAUACAUGGAGAGUAGCCCAUGGACCUAAGUGUGACCCAGAGGUUGUUACAUCCAGGCCUAGAUUCGGCCAUGCUGGCCCCCGGCCCUCCCUUCUUCCUGGGACCCCUCACCUCACAGCACUGCUCCCAGUUUUCCCAGCAGCACUUGCAGUAUAACAUUGAACAAAGACAGAUGGAGCAAGAGAAAAGAGAAGAGCUACAACAGCUGACAAGAAAGAGUAAAAAUGAGCAGAGUGCUGUAGCCAGUCCUCUGGUAAGGCAGAAACUUCGGGAACACAUAAUUAUGAAGAGCCAGCCCACCCAUGACAGGGUCACUCCCAACCACAACAGUCCUACACCAGGAUACAGGCUCCCGGUUCCUGACAUGUCCCCAAACUCUCAGCCUACAGCCUGUGACCAGCGUAAAGACCUCGCCCUGCGCAGGACAGUCUCUGAGCCCACUCUGAAGUGGAAGUUAAAGAAGCUCAUCAGUACAAGGCCAAACCCGCUGCAGCGUAAGAUCAGUGCCCCUCCCGCUGUCAAGCACAGGACAGAAACUUUGGACUCCUCUCCCAGCAGCAGCAGCAGCAACCCAGCUUCAGGGUGCAGCUCACCAAAUGACAGCCUCCAUUCGGACAACGGGCACCUCCCGCUGGCUCAUGAGGCACAGAGGUUGCUGGCUCAUUUUACCUUGCCUUGCAACCCCACUGCCAUGCCCAACAUCACUGCUGGACUACCUGCACAUGCUGACCUGCGAGUAGCCAGACCGUUGGCAGUUCCUGCUCUUCACCAGGUCUACCUUCCUCUGGAAGGAUGCAAUCCAGCCCUGGAUCAGCACCUGCAGCCUGUGCUCAUACUGGAACCACACACCGGACUGGUGCACUCCCAACUUGUCUCUUUUCAUGGUUUGAGCUCCACUCCUCUGCUGCAGCAGCAGCAGCAGCAGCCUCACCUGUCCUCCCCCACCAGAAGGGAAGGCGUAGUUACCUUUCCCUCCCACAGACCCCUGGAGCGAACACGCUCAGAGCCUCCACCCUACAGCCACUCACCCCUUACUCUGCAUGCCAGCCGUCACUCACAUAUCCACCACCAUCUGUCCCAGCAAUAUCACAAGAGCGGGCUGGAGAGGUUCAAGCAGAAUGCACACAUGAGCAAGCUGACAAGCAAGUCCAUUGAGAAGCCUCGUCUGACCCAGAUCCCAUCGGAGGACAUGGACCUGGAGGAGAUUGGAUCAGGAUCAGGUUCGGGGCCCGGUUCUGUGUGCGAUUCAGAAUCGGGCUCUAUGUGUGAGGACGGCUACCACAGGAGACAAAGCACUGCCAGCACAGACUCAGUUUACGACACAGAAUCCACUACCUCCUCACGGGACAGCUUGAUCGAGUCCUCGCACUCACUCAGUCAGAGGCAGGUGAACCUUAGAUCAGGUCUCCAGCUUGACCCCCUGGGUGUGCCUGCCCUAAUUUGGCCUCACCAGCCUCUGGUUCGAACCCAAUCUUCCCCAGCCUCCACUUCCCUGCCUCCUCCUCCACAUCCACCCACAGCCAUACCUACCCUGUCACUGUCCAGCCCUGCUGCAGAUGUCCAGCUACGCUUCACCACAGGUCUGGUUUAUGAUGCUCAGAUGCAGAAGCACCAGUGUACCUGUGGGGAUAACAGCCGCCACCCUGAGCAUGCUGGGAGAGUCCAGAGCAUCUGGUCCAGACUGCAUGAAAGAGGUCUCAGGAACCAGUGUGAGCGCAUUCGCAGUAGGAAGGCCACUCUAGAAGAGCUGCAGUCAGUCCAUUCAGAGAAACAUGUGCUUCUAUUCGGCACCAACCCACUCAACCGCCUCAAGCUGGACAACCGCAAGUUGGCUGGGAUCUUGUCUCAACGGCUUUUUGUGAUGUUACCAUGUGGAGGAGUUGGGGUAGACAUUGAUACAAUCUGGAAUGAACUUCACACAUCAGUAGCUUCCCGUAUUGCUGCAGGAUGUGUCACAGACCUGGCGCUGAAGGUGGCACAAGGAGAGCUAAAGAAUGGCUUUGCAGUGGUGAGACCUCCUGGACAUCAUGCAAACCAUUCCUCCCCUCUGGGCUUUUGUUUCUUCAACUCUGUGGCCAUCGCUGCCAAGCAGCUCCAACACAAACUCAACGUCAGCAAGAUCCUCAUCGUGGACUGGGAUGUUCACCAUGGCAACGGCACCCAGGAAGCCUUCUAUAAUGACCCGAGCGUGCUGUACAUCUCUCUACAUCGCUAUGACGAUGGCAACUUCUUUCCUGGUAGUGGACAUCCCAGUGAGGUGGGUGCAGGUGCAGGCGAGGGCUUCAAUGUGAAUGUAGGCUGGACGGGGGGUUUGAACCCUCCCAUGGGUGAUGCAGAGUACCUGGCUGCAUUCAGAGCCGUGGUGAUGCCCAUUGCCCACGAGUUUUCCCCUGAUGUGGUGCUGGUGUCAGCUGGCUUUGAUGCUGUCGAAGGACACGUGUCAUCACUUGGAGGCUACAAAGUCACAGCCAAGUGUUUUGGCUUCCUGACCCGUCAGCUGAUGUCACUGGCCGGGGGUCGGGUGGUCCUGGCUCUGGAGGGGGGACAUGACCUCAAGGCCAUCUGUGAUGCCUCUGAAUCCUGUGUCAGCGCCUUGCUAGGCAUGGAGGUGGAGCCUCUGUCCCAGUCCGUGUUGGACCAGAAGCCUUGUGAAAAUGCUGUCCAGUCACUGCAGCGAGUCAUCCAGGUUCAGGGUGAGUACUGGCAGAGUGUGAAGGAUUCGGCCGCCACAGUGGAUCUGACCUACCUGCAGGCGCAAAGACGGCGGCUGAGACGAGACUCGGACAGUGAGGCCGUCAGCGCCAUCGCUUCGCUGUCGAUGGGAGCGAUCGCCUCUGACAAAAAACAGACACGGCCAGAAAAACUGACAGAGAAAGGUGAUUCUCUCUGAGGAAAGAGUAUCCUGACUGCUGCGUUCAGCCAAGUCUAUGGAAUCAAGCACACACACACACACACACACACACACACACACACACACACACACACACACAGACAAAGCUACAGUAAGCAUUUGGACCAUCACUGGAAGCAGAUGUCCUAAUCAGUUCGACCACUGUAUUCAUCACCUCACAAAAACUCCUCCACCAGUAUAACUAGUGGCUGCAGUCUGAUUCAAACACACUGAGCAACAACAUUCACCUGGGAAACAUUCAUACUCUCAUGACGCCUCGACAGGCUUUUCCUGGUUAUUAAACUGAGAAGAAGUGGAAAAUUCAUGAAGGAUCUUCACUCUCUUGUAGCAGUGGCAUGAACACACACUUGACAAAACACAGCUCUGCAACUUUAAACAUUCACCUUGUAAAUGACUCCCACAAGACCUGCGAGAGACUCCUCGCACUGUUGAAACCUUGAAGGCGGGGUCAAAGGUCACCUGGGCGUGCUGGAGCCAAUCACUCUGAGCGGAAGGAGUCGUCCCUGCAGGACGUGCCGGUGAAGGAGAGCAGAUAUAUCCUCCGCGUCCCACUAUGAUGAUGUCAUUUGUCUGAAUGUGACAGCCAUCCACUGAAGGAAAAAAAAAAAAACCCAGGAGCUUCUGAGCGUUUUGCACUGCACCGUUCUGUAAUGUGAACUUGACAAGAUGGAGGAGACGCAGCCACAUCGGCCAUGUUGACAAUCACAACAUCUUGUUCGUUCGUGUUUUUAUUUCAAUAUUCUUUCAUUUGACAUUUGGCACACACGUUUGUGAAUGUCAGCAGCAGAUUUUUGUUGUUGUUUAAGAAUCCAGUAAGAGUGAAGCUACAGUGACGUCUGAGAUACAUAUGUUUCAUAUUGUUUUGAAUGUCUACAUAUUUUCUUAAAUCGUCUUUUUUCUCUUUUUCUUGGCCUGUCAGUGGAGCACAUGCAGCAAGACUCUAUAUGGCUGCAGUUAUUGUUAUGGCUCCCCGGCAGAUAAAAGAAGACACAGCAGUCUUUGAUGAAGUGCAUCUUAAAAGCGUAGACAUACUGUAGAUGAAGAGCUAAUACCUCUAGUCAUUGGAGUAUCAAUAUCAGGGGAGAAAGAGGUUCUUUACACAUCAGCAAAGACAGAACUCACCCAUGAUGCUUCAGUGCAGCGUGACCACUCAGAAAUGAUUGUAUAUGUGACAAUGCAGAUCAAAUUUUGGAUGAGACCAAUCCAAAGACUUCAUGACAAUCCCACACUUAAAGUGCACUUCCAUUGCCCUCAGGAUUCGAGGAUCACAAUGACUUGGGUCUUAAAAUCUGAACUUUGAUAAUGUUUGUUAAGUGGACCAGUGUUUCUACCUGUGGAUGAGCAUUCCUGCUGUACUUUGUAAAUUUAUUUUAAACUUUAAUUUUAUUCAUAACAAAGACAAACGGAUGUGUACUUUGUUCAUCAUCGACGUAGCAGCGUUCUGUUUACCGUCAGCAGCGGGGAUGUUUUGCUCCCCGGACCAAACAACGACAUUUUAGCAGUUAUGAUGGAGCAAUAAUACUGAGAUAGUUGAAUAUCCACACAGUGCAAUUGGACACAGGUUAAGCGCAACCAAAGUUUAUGAGAACAAUGUGCCGUCCCAGGACUGGCAUGGCUUAAAGAACUUCAAAGACUUUGAAAAGUUUGUGAAUGUUUCUUUUUUCUAUCCAAACAGCACAAAAAGCACAGGACGGAUAUAUAAACAAAUUCAUUUCUUAAAAAAAAAACAAAAAAAAACCUUUUAUUUAGAUUAUGUGUCUUUGAAGUGCUCUUUGUAUGUCUAACACAAUUUUGACGGUGCUAUGGAUUAUUCCUUUUUAAGUGCAGUACGUUUGCCAACGUACCUUUCUUUCUUUACGUUGAAUUGUGAACGCAACUCAAAACCUGUCAAAUCUUUGUUAAUGUAAUGAAAAUGUGAAAAUGAAGGACGGUGAGUUUCAACUCCAUAUCUGUAGGACAGUCCGAGUGUAGCUUUGCAUAGUUUUACGAGAACAUUCAUGACAGUGAGCUGACAUAUCUGAUGUCUUAUCCUUUGUCUUAAUCAUGCAAAUGACUUAUUUUUGUAUUUGAUCUAAAAAAAUGUACGUACUUAGAGACCAAAUUUUCAGCCUGUGUGCCUUGGAGUAUCAUGCUGACCAACCUGUGUGAAGGUAGCCUUAACAAACUGGAUCUUAGUUAAGACUGCAGGCAAAGUCCAGUUUUUUCUUAACUGACUCUCUGACUUAUAUCUGUACAGUGUACAUAAUGACUUUGUUUUGUGUUUUUGUCUGCCUUUGUCUUUUCUACUAUUUUUGUUUCCAAAAGAAAUCCUUAAUAAAGGUAAAUUACCAAAUUCA